CCUGAUCAAGACACAGCCGCGGUGAGCAACGAACGCUCCCGACUCAGGCGGCAAAGUAGACACCCUCCUUCACUAAGCGGAGGGAGGUGGAAAAAGGAGGGAGGGAACGAAGGACCCCUACAGGAUCAAGGCGCCGCCUCGAGGCCGAACUAUGGAGCUGAUAGGGGGCUGCUACGAACAGAUUCUAUUCGGGUUCGCCGUACGGCCGGCUGAGAACUGGGCAGUUGUUCCUGAUUUCACCCACCAUGCCCACAGUGCUUCAUUGUCAGCAGUUGCUGUGAAUGACAGAUACGUCGUCACUGGCAGCAGGGAUGAAACCAUGCAGAUCUAUGACCUGAAGAAGAGGGUAGAACAUGGGGCAUUGCUUCAACACAAUGGCACCAUCAGCUGCUUGGAAUUUUAUGGCAAGACACACUUACUGAGUGGUGCUGAGGAUGGUUUGAUAUGCAUUUGGAACACCAAAAAAUGGGAAUGUCUGAAAUCAAUUAAAGCACACAGGGGACAUGUGACAUCUCUUUCUAUUCAUCCUUCUGGAAGAUUGGCUUUGUCAGUAGGAACAGACAGGACAUUACGAACUUGGAACCUUGUAGAAGGAAGAUCAGCCUUCAUAAAAAAUCUAAAACAAAAUGCACAUCUUGUUAAAUGGUCACCUAGUGGAGAAUUGUAUGUGGUGGUUAUAGCAAACAAAGUGGAUAUAUACAAACUUGAAACUGCUGCUGUCUCUGGCACCAUUGUUACAGAAAAGAGAGUAUCCUCAGUAAGAUUUAUUACAGAUUGCAUACUUGCUAUUGCUGGAGAUGAAGAAUUCGUACGAUUAUUUGACUGUGAAUCACAGAACUGUCUUUGUGAAUAUAAAGCUCAUGAAAACAGAAUAAAAGAUAUCCACAGUUUUGAAAGGGAAGGCUUACAUGUUCUGGUGACUGCUUCAAGUGAUGGCUACAUUAAGAUGUGGAGUCUUGAUCCUGAUAAGAUUAAGAGCUCUCCAUCACUGCUAUGUGAAGUCAAUACCAAAGCCAGGCUCACUUGUCUUGCAGUGUGGCUCAAAAGUGAUUCAGAAGCUAAACAGACCUCUACUGAAGUCAAAGCAUCUUCAUCUCAAAGUACCAUAGAAGUAGGUGAAGAACCACUGAUUAAAAAAAAGAAGAUAUGCUGGACCAACAGUGAUAAGACAGCAGAGGGAGAUGGCCAAGGAGCCUCCAAGAAACUAAAAUCUACAAAUUUACAGCAAAAGAAGAAAAAGAUAUUGCAGAGAUUGAAAUGAAUGCAUAUUUGUUAUCAUUUGAUCUUACUAAUUUAUCAUUAACCAUGUUUUCCACUUUGUUUCUAAAGCAAUUUUUCCAUUUACAUGUAAUCUUUUUGGUCAGCAUUUAUGACAAUUACAGAAACUAUGAUAUGAAAUAGUCUCUUUAUUUAAAUCAUAGUUCUCGUUAAUAGUUUGAGAUCUUAUAACUUCAGAUUUUUUUAAGGGGCAAAUAAUUACAUUUCAAAUAAAAAGUUCAUACAGAAGUAUUCACAUUUGUUUGCAAGUUUACAGAUUUUCACAUUCCUGCAUAGGAUAGAUGUUUUAUUUAUCGUAUUUCUAAAAUCUAUUCUUUUUUC